AUAACUUGAAUAAGCCAGGCAUUACAACAAGUACCAUGCUUAAAAAAGUCUUUUUAUCUCUGUUUUUUGUCAGUUUGGUGGCAGCAAAGACAGGAAAGAAUUCCAAAGAUUCAAAGCUUACACCGGCUGGUCUUUGUGCGGGAUGUCAGGCCACCGUGAAAGAAUUGUCCAGGACUUUGAAGCAUACAACAAAUGACCCAAUCAACAAACGAGUUCCAGUAUUGAUGUCAACUGUCUGUCAGAAGGAAAACUUUAAGCACUAUGAUAUUACACCAUCAGUCAUCGAGGAAGCCUGCAAAUUAAUAAUGAAAAACAAUGGAACAGCUAUAGAGUCUACCUUAAUUAACUACUACAAUGCCAAAAGUCGCAAAGACCACUCUUACCUAGAUAUAGUUCAAACAAUCUGUAACGAGGUGACCAACUCCUGUCCUGGCGGAGCAGUCAACACUGAGGAGGUCCCUAAACAAGGAGGAAUUGUAUAUAACAGAGAGACAGAUGAUUUUGAUAUCAUACCAGGAAGUAAUGUUAAGAUGAUAAAGCCCACCAAACAGACAACACACGAGGAACUGUAGAAUUCCAGCGGCCAAACACAUUCCUAAGUGUGAUAAUACUUCUAUCUGUGAUACUAUAUAAAACAUGACGUAAAAGAAUAUAUACAUUGUAGCAAUACAUUAAAUCCUUUUUGUAACAUGCAUUUAAUUAGACAUAUUUUACAAUAUAAAUUCCUAUUAGUUUGCAUAAUAUCCUUUUCAUGUGUGUUUUAAUUUUCUACUCUUUAUUUUUCUUCAUAUUUUAUGAUAUCUAUGUAGUAGUGACCAUGUUCAUUAUGAAAACACCAAUUAACCCUGUUCACAGGGCUUUGCUGUAAUCAUGUUUUACUGUUGCAUAUCAUCUCUUCUGUGAUACACAAUUCUGCAAUAUAUUUUUUGAUUU